AUGCACGUCGCCGUGCGCGAUGUGACUGCGCUGUUGCACGUCCAUCUUCGCGUCCACAAGUCCCACUUUGACCGGUCCCGCAUGACGCAGCCGGAGUUUGCGCUCUCGACGCACAUUGUGUUCCGUAGUGUCCAGCACGGAGGUACGCGGUUACAAGCGUCGUGGCAGGUCUUUCGUAGCUUUGUGGAAUUCCAAGGCCUCGAUGCGCAGUUGCGCGUGGCGUUUCCAGACGAGAUGAAGCGGUUGGCUGCACCGGUACCCCAUCGACGUCGAACGUGGCUACGUCGGCACUGCAGGCCCAAGUUUUUGAUCAAGCGAUGCGUCGAGUUGAAUGACUAUUUCCGGCACUUGCUGCAGCUUCCCGAGUUACGGCUCACGCGGUUUUUGGAUCCACGUGCGUCGCAGGUGCUGCGGUGUUUCUGUAACUUUGAGACGGGUCUGUCGACGGCAGAGGUGUCGGUCGUGCCGAAUCAGUUUGAGGACUGUGUACUGUGUCUGGACUCGCGAGAGCGAGACAUGGGCCAAGUGAGUCGCUGGAUCAAUAGCAGGGAAAGAGAAGGAGAUGGAGGUGGAGGAGGAGAAGGAAGAGGAGGAGGAGGAGAGACUGUCAAUAGUAGUGAACGCAGUGCACAAGUAGUGGAAAGCUUCGAGGUGGACGAGAACGCUGACGAUGGAGCAGCAACGAGCGGUGAAGAGAUGAAGCAGCAACAGAUACUGACAAUGACUGAAAGCAGACCGUGUGACGGUGCCAAUCUGGAUGAACUCGAAGCGAACCUCAUGGACGACAAGACGCGCAAUGUGGCCAUCUGCACCAAGUUUGAAUGUUCUUGUCGCGUCUCGCCGUUUCGCGUCGCACAUGGCAAAAUGAAGCGCAUGUUGCGCCAUCGUGGGUUCGAGCAAUGCUAUGCACCGCCUGCGGACAGUGCGCUCACGGCACUGUACUGUGUGCUGUACAAGCUGCAGCAGCUGAACGACUUGGACAAGCGGUUGUUUGAUGCGUUGACAAAGGGUUCGAUCACGACAGCAACGACGAUGAUGUUGAACGAACACAAUGACGACUUGAUGCACGCCAAAGCAUUGGAAAGAGCGGCAAACGAGCACUUGCAACUGUCUAUGGGUGUCGAGCUGCUUCAGCACACGCUGGCGGAUUAUGGACUGCUUCACGUCCAUGCACUGGAACGACACUUUCGGACACCGGCUAUCGAUCUGAAGAAGAGGCUGCAUGAGUUCAAGUCCCGACGGCAAGUCAGAGUGGGCAAAGUAGAGCUCGUGCUGCUUGCUACGAUGCUGGAUUUGUGCAUUCACUUGAUAACAAAUGAUCACGAGGGCUCGGAACAAGCGAUUGUGCCGCUAGCUGGUCUACGGCCGAUCCGAAAAGGUGGUCGCCUUACAUUGACGUGUGGAUAUAUGCUGCCUACGGUCGUUUGUGUCAGUGGAUUCUAUCUGCUUGCCGAGCGACAGCAAAGGCGAGACGUUUCGGGAACGGCAGCAAAGUUGGAAGGCGAAGAGCUGGUAGAGGAGAUACCGCAAGGGAGACGGAUGUGGCAGGGCAUUGACGAACUGGAUCGGCACUUUAUGGCAGAAAUCAAGCAAACGAUUUCCGAUGGAGCUGCUACGAUUGCACUGGCGUUUGACUUUGACGUGGCGGAUUGCCUCAACUCGGCGAUUCUGGAUGCUGUGUGGGACGAUUGUCAGCACAACCCCAAGCUCUUUUACCUCUUCCAUCGACAGGCAAGACAGUUUGGCAAGGGACACAUUACGGCCCACUUUUUCAUGCACUAUCUCGAGCUGAGCUUCGGACUCGAGGGCGCGAGUUAUCUCGUGGAUUUCUUGCUGCAUGUUUUGCCCGAAGCAGAGUUACGUAAGCAGCUGGUGCACGCUCGAUGGAGUCGAGUGCGUGGUCAACUCGCUAAACGUGUCUCAACCAUGAGGCAUCUUAACAGCAUACAGGAACAGUAG